GGUAUGGGUUCGUUGAAACAGUAACCAAAAUAUCUAGCACUCAUCUGAUCCAUUAAUUGAACCGCAAUUCUUGAAAAGGACUUCAAUUCUUGAUAAACAAACAUGAAAACAGUGUGCUUACGGGUGACAAGAAGUGCUUUUGUUGGAGUUACAGUUCUGUACUUCAAGUCCACUGAUGUGUACAACGAGCGAUGGCAAAAUGCCUGGGUUAUUCCUGCCUUCUGGCAAGUGUUGUCUUUCUCUCUCCUUUGCAUCAUCUGUGCUCUUUGGGCUCCAUCUCAAAAUUCCAUGAGAUAUGCCUAUUCUGAUGAUAGUGAAGAGUUUGAUAAGGAUGUCACGUUGACGCUCAUAAAACCCUCCCCUCUGCCAACUAAGGAUGUAAGAAGUCCAUCCAAAGUGAGAUCAACGCCUGGUGGAAAUGGGGCAUCUAAUGGUGGUGAUGUGGAAGAAGACAAGACGGAGUAAAGUAUAUAAUAUUGUUCAUAUUACUGUAACGAAAAAUGUCAUGAGAAGAGUAGUUGCUGUUAGAAUAUUGUAAUUGGUUUUUUCUGUGUAAAAAUUAUUGAAGGCGGAUCAGGUAAAAGCCAAAUAGGUAAUAGCUAAUCCGAUAGGAAAAUUGUUGUUUACUGUUGCCUUGGUUCAUA